UAUGCUUACUGUACAUGGCCAUUGAUGCCGCUGGAUAAACUAAAUCAGCUAUGUAAAUAAUAGUGACUGGGGCGGUGGAGCUAACAUGCCGAAUUCUAUCACAGCCUAACAUGAUAAAAUAAUACAUGUCAUCUGGGUUUACUUUAUCCGGUUGACAAAACCACCGCGGCCGUCCUUUUAUGCACGUCUCGGAAUUUGGCUUUGACAGCUCGCCCGAUGGUUUUCUUCAUUUGACGCACGAAUAAAAAUCAGACGACGGGCGGUUUUUCCUAAUAACCCAUUUGGGAAAAACGGGUCAUUAUGACCUUAGUAUCCCCCUCUAAAAGAAAACCAUUGGAUUGCCUUUACGCAACAGCGUUCUGCUUGCAUUUCUUGCUGUGGAUUUUAUGCGCCGCGUCCGGAGAAGAGAUUCGUCAAUUCAGCGUUGAGGGAUGGCUACAGAAGUAUGGCUACCUUCCCCACACAGACCCCAGAAUGGCUGUCCUGCGUUCAGCCCAGACCAUGCAACAAGCCAUCGCAGCCAUGCAGCGCAUCUACGGCCUCAAUGUUACAGGGACACUGGAUGAGAGGACCACAGAUGAUAUCACUCUAAGUUGGAUGAAAAGGCCGAGGUGUGGGAAUCCAGACAAACUAAAAGGCAACUCGAGGUCACGGAAGCGGAGGUAUGCACUGACGGGGCAGAAGUGGCAACGAACACAUAUCACUUACAGCAUAAAGAACGUCACUCCCAAAGUGGGCGCCAGGGAGACCCACGAUGCCAUUCGGCGUGCGUUUGAUGUGUGGCAAGGGGUGACGCCGCUCCGCUUCGAGGCUGUCCCUUACAGCGCCCUGGAGAGCGGCCGGCGGGAUGUGGACAUCACCAUCAUAUUCGCCUCAGGUUUCCACGGUGACAGCUCACCCUUCGACGGCGAGGGGGGGUUCCUAGCCCACGCCUACUUCCCGGGCCCUGGGAUUGGAGGGGACACCCACUUCGACUCAGACGAACCCUGGACCUUAGGGAACCCCAACCAUGAUGGUAAUGACCUAUUCCUGGUGGCAGUCCAUGAGCUGGGUCAUGCCCUUGGCCUAGAGCACUCCAACGACCCCACAGCCAUCAUGGCUCCCUUCUAUCAGUACAUGGACACAGAGAACUUUAAACUACCUCACGAUGACCUUCAGGGCAUCCAGAAAAUCUAUGGUACUGUGUCUAUCUAUGGUCCGCCAGACAGGUCCUCCCAGCCCACCAGAGCCCCACCCACGGCCCCUCCCCCACGCUUCCACCCCCCCUCGGAACCCCGUAAGCACGACCGCCAGGUCCGGCCCCACCGCCCUCCUCAGGGCGCAAAACCCUCCAACCCCAACGCCAAUCCCAACAUCUGUGACGGAGGCUUCAACACCCUGGCCAUCCUCAGACAGGAGCUGUUCGUAUUCAAGGACCAGUGGUUCUGGAGAGUGAGGGACAACUCGGUGGUCCCUGGCUACCCUAUGGAGAUCAACUUCUUCUGGAGAGGCCUGCCCGCCAAGAUCGAUGCUGUCUACGAAAACAGCGAGGGGAAGUUUGUCUUCUUCAAAGGAAACCGGUUCUGGGUGUUCAAGGACACUACUUUGCAGCCCACCUACCCUCAGGACAUCUCUCUGUUUGGAAGUGGGAUGCCCACCCAGAGUAUAGAGACUGCUGUAUGGUGGGAGGACGUAGCCAAGACAUAUUUCUUCAAGGGAGACAGAUAUUGGAGGUACAAUGAAGACAUGAGAAACAUGGACCCUGGUUACCCCAAACCCAUCACAGUGUGGAAGGGCAUCCCUGACUCUCCUCAGGGAGCGUUUGUGGACAAGGCCAACGGAUUCACCUACUUCUACAAGGGGAAGGAGUACUGGAAGUUCAACAACCAGCGGUUGCGUGUGGAGCCGGGCUACCCCCGCUCCAUCCUGAGGGACUUCAUGGGCUGCGACGGCCUACCAGCCGACCCCGACUGGGACUGGAGCCCUCCGGAGGUGGAGGAGCGCCACUACGACAGCAGCAGUGGUGACGUGGACAUCAUCAUCAAGCUGGACAGCACGGGGGGCACGGAGAAGGCCGUGGCUAUCGCCAUCCCCUGUAUCCUGGCACUGUGCAUGAUGGUCCUGCUCUACACCGUGUUCCAGUUCAGGAGGAAGAGCACGCAGAGACACAUACUGUACUGCAAGCGCUCCAUGCAGGAGUGGGUCUGAUCUAAACCAGAGAGGGGACUGGAACUGUAGAAGUGUAUGGAACUCCCACUAGGCACUGUAGGGAAGAGUUAUCAAACUCCUAUUGUUCUGUAGUUGUUGAACUAAGCCCUUCUGUGGAUGGACAGUAUAUACAGUACAGUAGAGGAGUCCUCCUAACAUGGUCAAAACAGUGCUUUGCCCUCUUUGUGACAUGCAAGGUGGAGUGAAGCUCGCCCUCUCAUUCAACACUAUGAGGGACUGUGGCUGCCAAUUCCAACUGAGAGGCAUUUGCUUUAACUCUAGACUACUCAGUAGUUAUUGGAGAAAGAGGAAAGUUGUGUGGGACCUAUGUCUAUCUCUGUCUCUGCACGCCCCUAACAAGCCCUUACUAACUACAGUACAGUGGACCAUUUAGUAAUAGGCUACUACUUUUUAUUUUCGUGUCCUAGUACAGUUCAAUUUGCCCAGACUCUGUGCUUUUUGAUUGAAUUAUCUUUAAAAGAUUAGUACUUGUGAGGUGGACUGUCUGAUACCCAAACCAAAUAUGACCUUUGACCUAUCUUCCUUUCGCAGAAAGGAUUAUGACUCUGGAUUCUUUGUUGGGAUGUUUAAUUCUAAUCCAUGGAUCUAACAUCAUUGUGACAUUCCAUCACACUCACGUUUUCUUUGACCAUGUCUUUUCCAUAUAUGCCUGUGACCAUCUGUCUGGUGUGCUCUGGUCUGGUCUGGUGUGCUCUGCUCUGGUGUGCUCUACUCUGGUCUGGUGUGCUCUGCUCUGGUCUGGUGUGCUCUGCUCUGGUCUGGUGUGCUCUGGUCUGGUCUGGUGUGCUCUGCUCUGGUGUGCUCUACUCUGGUCUGGUGUGCUCUGGGCUGGUCUGGUGUGCUCUGCUCUGGUCUGGUGUGCUCUGCUCUGGUCUGGUGUGCUCUGCUCUGGUCUGGUGUGCUCUGGUCUGGUCUGGUGUGCUCUGCUCUGGUGUGCUCUACUCUGGUCUGGUGUGCUCUGGUCUGGUCUGGUGUGCUCUGGUCUGGUCUGGUGUGCUCUGCUCUGGUCUGGUGUGCUCUGCUCUGGUGUGCUCUGCUCUGGUCUGGUGUGCUCUGGUCUGGUCUGGUGUGCUCUGCUCUGGUGUGCUCUGCUCUGGUCUGGUGUGCUCUGGUCUGGUCUGGUGUGCUCUGGUCUGGUCUGGUAUGCUCUGCUCUGCUCUCUGUCAAGUUUCACGUUUUAUUUGUCACAUGCACAAGUACAGUGAAAUGCAUAAAUUGCAAACCCUACCCAACAGUGCAGUAUUUAAUAUCAAAAUAGUAUAACUAAUAAAAAAUACAAUAAAUAAAAACAUGUGAGAAAUAAGAGAGGAAGCUAUAUACAGGGUAAGUGCCAGUAUCAAAUUGACAAUGUCUGUGGUCUAAGGGAAGCAGCAGCAGUUAACAAUUUAGGGGCGCACAAAUACAUUUAAGAGCACACAAAGACAUUUAGGAGCACACAAAGACAUUUAGGAGCACACAAAGACAUUUAGGAGCACAAUAAAAAAUAUUUUCGGUAACAAGCCGUUUUCUUUUUAGUAAUGGUGCAAGCAUGAUGGUCAUGAAUCUGUUCUCAGUGUGUUCUCCAUGGCACUCAAGGCCUGUGGUACAGUGAAGUAAUCAUUGCAACAAUCAUCAUCUGGGUGAUUUGUUUCUAGGUGCACUGGUGCUCCUCAAUUAAAAUUCCAGGUCGCACAGCCAAAUAUUUAGGCGUAUAUGCCAGUAAAAUGGUCGCACUGUAGAGCUCUGUUAUGUCACGUUCCUCUCAACGUGUGUGAAAUGACUCAGUAUGUGAGAUUCCCGGUGAAUGUGAAAACAUGUAUUAGCAUCUUUAGGGAUUGAGUUUGCCACGUUUGUGGUAAAACAAUUUUUUUUAACUUAAAAAGGAUAUGGUCACUUAUGAAAUCAGGAUGUUGAACUCUAUAUCAACAGCUAUAUCAGUAAUAUAUCUUAACCCUUCAAAAUCAUUAUCAAACCAUAAGACUAAUGUGUAAUAACAUGUUAUAACUAUCUUAUAACAACCUCAGUUAAUUUCUCAUUGUUGUUCUCCAUGGAUUGUUUAAAAGGGUCAUAAGGAAUUGCUAUUCAUGAGCUAAAGUACUGAUGGUAAUUGUAGUUUUGUAUUUGAUUUACAUGGCAGAGACAUCAUUUUUUUCUAAACCAUGUUAAAUGUUCUGCUCCCCAGUCCUCUCCUCAUUUGCAGGCCAUUAAAUAUUAUGUUCACAUUGGCAGAGACGUUCUAAAGAGAUAUCUUUACUUUCUUCAAACAUGCAGUUUCUGUUGUUAUUGCAUUCUCAUAUGAUUUCAGCUGGAAGAAGAAAGCUUGCCUGCCUUCCAUGUUGUCCUACAUGUCUUAAUGGUAAGUGUGCUUGUGGUGAGGGUCUGAAAGACAGGUCUGAAAGCAUGGCAGGGUUGGGGUCAAGUCCAUGUCAAUUCCUGAAGUAUGCUGAAAUUUAAAUUCCAAUUUUCAUCAAUGAGAAUUUGGAAGUCAGUGUACUUCCUGAAUGGACUGAAUUAAAUUGAAAUAGAACCCAACUCUGAAGCAGAGCCAGGCUAGUUCAGUCAAUACUGUAUUUAUUGGUGUAUUUAUUCCUCUGUGCUCAUCAGCACCUUAAUCUCGUUGCAUUGUUCUGAGGGCAAGAUAAAGUCUGUCAAUAAAAUGGAUUUUAAAAAGCAGUGCC